AUGAUUCAGUCGCUUGAGGACUUGUUGAGGACCUGCGUACUGGAUCAUCUAGGUGCUUGGGAUGAUGUUUUGCCCUUUAUAGAGUUCACUUACAACAAUAGUUUCCAUGCGAGUAUCGGCAUGACACAGUAUGAGGCUCUAUACAGAAGGAAGUGUAGGACCCCUCUUUAUUGGUAUCAAGAUGGGGAAGCAGUAUUGGUUGGGCCAGAGUUAUUGGAGCAGACCACCACUGAGAAAGUGAGAAUGGUGAGAGACAGGAUGCAGGCCUCUCAAAGUAGGCAAAAGGCUUAUGCAGACCGCAGGACGAGGCCCUUGGAAUUCGCGACUGAAGAUCACGUGUUCCUGAAGUUGAGGAAAUAUGUGUUUGAUCUGUCUCAUGUGUUGGAGGCCAAGGAUGUGCAGAUCAGGGAGGAUCUCACUAUGAAGGUACCACCAAUGACUUUAGAAGAUAGCAGAAUUGAGGAACUUCGAGGAAAACCAGUCAAUCUUGUCAAAGUUAUCUGGGAUUGGAGGAUAUGUGACUCUACUUGGGAGUUGGAGGAAGACAUGAGGAUGUCGCGUCCAUAUUUGUUUCUUAAAUCCAAUCUUCCUUUUGUGCCACUGUCUCCAGCUCUUAAAUUUGCUCUUGGAGCUGCUGUGGUUAUGGGCUUAGGUGUCGAAACAAACCUGUAUGUUGACUUGCGCGAACAGUGGAGAAAAUCGGAUAAUCUCGCCCAAGCGAGUGGUGCUCGCCUAAGCGAGAGUAUCAGGAAACCCUCUCUGGUGUUGCGCGAGCUGUCGCUCAGGCGACAUGCUCCAGUCUUGAGCGAGAGGCCAUCUCGCUCAGGCGAGGAGGUAUCGCCUAAGCGAGAGAACGUGACAGCACCACUAUUCCCUCUUUGA